AUGCUCUCUUCCCAAUCCUAUGUCAAUAUCUCCUUCUUCCAACCAGCUUCCUUCCUGAUGAUUGGCAUCCCAGGGCUGGAGGCCAUUCAUGGCUGGAUCUCCAUUCCCUUCUCCUGCAUGUACACUGUGGCCCUCACUGGAAACUGCCUCAUCCUCCUGGCUGUGAGGAGGACUCCCAGCCUGCACCAGCCCAUGUACUACUUCCUGUCCAUGCUGGCCCUCACUGAUGUGGGUCUCACCUUGUCCACAAUGCCCACCACCCUGGCUGUGCUCUGGUUUGACCAUCGUCUCAUAGCCUUCAAUGCCUGCCUGGUGCAGAUGUUCUUCCUCCACUCCUUCUCUGUGGUGGAGUCCUCGGUGCUCCUGGCCAUGUCAUUUGACCGCUUUGUGGCCAUCUCCAACCCCCUGCGCUAUGCAGCUGUCCUCACAAAUAAUGUCGUCAUCAGAAUUGGACUGGCCGUUGUGGCCCAUGCUACGUUAUCUCUCUUCCCAUUGCCAUUCCUGCUUAAACGUUUGAACUUCUGCCCUAACAAGAUCCUCUUAUCUCACUCAUUCUGUUUUCAUCCUGAUAUAAUGAGAAGAGCCUGUGCUGAUAUCACCAUCAACAUCUGCUAUGGACUUUUUGUGGUUGUGUCCACUGGGGGCAUAGACUCCCUGCUCAUCAUCCUGUCCUACACUCUCAUCCUGUGCACAGUCCUUGGGCUGGCCUCUCCCCGGGAGCGCAUCCGGGCCCUCAACACCUGUGUCUCACACAUCCUUGCUGUCUUUGUCUUCUUCAUCCCAGGCAUCACCAUGUCCAUGAUCCAUCGUUUUGGAAGGCACCUGCCUCACAUUGUACAUGCCCUGGUUGCCUAUGUGUACCUGAUGGUGCCCCCUGUGCUCAACCCCAUCAUCUACAGUGUGAAAUCCAAGCCCAUCAGGGAGGCCAUGCUCAGAGUGCUGAGGGGAAAGGGCCAAGGCUGA